UUUUUUUAAUCUUUUCUCAGAGCUCAAUCUACUGUGAAUGAUGCCAAAUUUGCGAUGUGUGUGAGACGGGUGUGUAGGUGAUCUUGGGGGUCGUUGAGAUGGCGAAGGCAUUAGCGCAAGUGAUCAUAGCUGGUGUAACUGUCGUUGGGAAGGCCUUCAUGCAGGCCCUGCGCCAGGAAAUCAAUGCCAGUCAGCAAGCUGCGUCUCGGUCUGGCGGUGGUCGUGCAGGAAGAGCCUCAGCUGCAGCUUCAGCACGCCAAGGGAUCAGUCUGCAAGAAGCGAAGCAGAUCUUGAAUGUUGAGUCUUUGGAGAUAUCCGAGAUUGAGAAGCGGUACGAUCACCUUUUCAAUGUGAACGACAAGUCGAAAGGCGGCUCAUUCUAUUUACAAUCUAAGAGAGAGAGAAAGCAGAUCUUGAAUGUUGAGUCCUUGGAGAUAUCCGAGAUUGAGAAGCGGUACGAUCACCUUUUCAAUGUGAACGACAAGUCGAAAGGCGGCUCAUUCUAUUUACAAUCUAAGGUGAGAGAGAGAGAGACGACGAUUUCAAUUCCAAUGACGUGUCUUUUAGAUAACCUAGAAUGCCAUAAACAACCUGAUUUCAUCUAA